GUACGGCUGACGUCAGCGCGCCGGGGCCCGAAAGGACGUCAGGAGAGUGUGGGGUCGCGGGCGAACCCUCCCGUGGCCUCCGUUCGGAUCCUGACGGGCCAUCGAGGCUGCUUUCCAGUCCGCGCCUGGGCCCGAGAGGCGCGCCGGCGGCCAUGGCGCACCGCUGCCUGCUGCUGUGGGGCCGCGGUGCUUGCCGGCCCCGCGGGCUGCCCCCGCCGCUCGUGCCUGGCGGCCGCGCGGGACCCACCGAACGGCUCUGCCUGCAGACGCUUUAUCGAUAUGCUACAACUCAAGCAAAAACCAGCAGAAAUUCUCUUCUGACAGAUGUAAUCGCUGCUUACCAAAGAUUCUGUUCUCGGCCUCCAAAAGGAUUUGAAAAAUACUUCCCAAAUGGAAAAAAUGGAAAAAAAGCUAGUGAACCUAAAGAAGUUAUGGGAGAGAAAAAAGAACCAAAGCCGGCGGCUGCCCCACGUGCGUCUGGAGGAGGUGUUGGUGGCGGUGGAAAACGAGGUGGCAAGAAGGAUGAUUCUCACUGGUGGUCCAGGUUCCAGAAGGGUGAUGUUCCGUGGGAUGACAAGGAAUUCAGGAUGUACUUUCUGUGGACGGCUCUGUUUUGGGGCGGAGUCAUGCUUUACUUCCUGUUCAGGAGCUCUGGCAGAGAAAUCACAUGGAAGGACUUUGUCAAUAACUAUCUCUCCAAAGGAGUGGUAGACAGACUGGAAGUCGUCAACAAGCGUUUUGUUCGAGUGACUUUUACGCCAGGAAAAACUCCUGUUGAUGGACAGUACGUCUGGUUCAAUAUUGGCAGUGUGGACACCUUCGAGCGGAAUCUGGAAACUUUACAGCAGGAGCUGGGCAUCGAAGGGGAGAAUCGGGUCCCCGUGGUCUACAUCGCUGAGAGUGACGGCUCCUUCCUGCUCAGCAUGCUGCCCACCGCGCUCAUCAUCGCCUUCCUGCUCUACACCAUCCGGAGGGGGCCGGCCGGCAUCGGCCGCUCUGGCCGGGGCAUGGGUGGACUCUUCAGUGUGGGAGAGACUACUGCCAAGGUCUUAAAGGACGAGAUAGAUGUCAAGUUCAAAGAUGUGGCCGGCUGCGAGGAGGCCAAGCUAGAGAUCAUGGAGUUUGUGAACUUCCUGAAAAACCCAAAGCAGUAUCAAGACCUGGGAGCAAAAAUCCCCAAGGGUGCCAUCCUCACUGGUCCUCCAGGCACUGGGAAAACACUGCUGGCCAAGGCCACUGGAGAAGCCAAUGUCCCUUUCAUCACCGUCAGUGGCUCUGAGUUCUUGGAGAUGUUUGUGGGCGUGGGCCCUGCUCGAGUCCGAGACUUAUUUGCCCUUGCUCGGAAGAAUGCCCCCUGCAUCCUCUUCAUUGACGAAAUAGACGCUGUGGGAAGGAAGAGAGGAAGGGGCAAUUUUGGGGGGCAGAGCGAACAGGAGAACACACUCAAUCAAUUGCUUGUGGAAAUGGACGGCUUUAACACAACGACGAACGUGGUCAUUUUGGCGGGCACCAAUCGGCCGGAUAUCCUGGACCCUGCGCUCUUGAGGCCCGGACGCUUCGACAGACAGAUCUUCAUUGGACCACCGGACAUAAAAGGAAGAGCCUCUAUCUUCAAAGUGCACCUCCGACCGCUGAAACUGGACAGUACCCUGGAAAAAGAGAAGCUGGCAAGAAAGCUUGCGUCCUUGACGCCAGGGUUCUCAGGGGCUGAUGUUGCCAAUGUUUGCAAUGAAGCUGCUCUGAUUGCCGCCAGACACCUUUCAGAUUCCAUCAAUCAGAAACACUUUGAACAAGCGAUUGAGCGAGUGAUUGGAGGCCUAGAGAAGAAAACUCAGGUCCUGCAGCCCGAGGAGAAGAAGACAGUGGCGUACCACGAGGCAGGCCACGCAGUUGCUGGCUGGUAUCUGGAGCACGCAGACCCGCUCCUGAAGGUCUCCAUCAUCCCACGGGGCAAGGGCCUGGGCUACGCCCAGUACCUCCCCAAGGAGCAGUAUCUAUACACUAAAGAGCAGCUGCUGGACAGGAUGUGCAUGACCCUGGGUGGCCGUGUGGCCGAGGAAAUCUUCUUUGGGAGAAUUAACGGUGCCCAGGAUGACUUGCGGAAAGUGACUCAGAGCGCAUAUGCCCAGAUUGUUCAGUUUGGCAUGAACGAAAAGGUCGGGCAAAUCUCCUUUGACCUCCCACGCCAGGGGGACAUGGUGUUAGAGAAGCCUUACAGCGAAGCCACCGCCAGAUUGAUUGAUGACGAGGUGCGGAUACUUAUCAACGAUGCUUAUAAAAGGACAGUUGCUCUGCUCACAGAGAAGAAAGCUGACGUGGAAAAGGUUGCUCUGCUGUUAUUAGAAAAAGAAGUAUUAGACAAGAAUAACAUGGUUGAACUUUUGGGCCCCAGACCAUUUGCAGAAAAAUCUACAUACGAAGAGUUUGUGGAAGGCACGGGCAGCCUGGAUGAGGACACAUCACUCCCAGAGGGCCUGAAGGACUGGAACAGGGAGCGGGAGGGCAGCGGGGAGGAACCCGCGGGCGAGAAGGUCGCCAGCCAGGUCCAGGGGGCCAGCCCCUCGUAGCUCGUGGAUCACAGGAUCCCAGCUCUGGCUUCUCGAGGCGUGCUCUACGAGUCCCUCUCAGCCAGCUGCCGGCCCAGAGGACAGCAGAGAGGAGGGCCUCAGCCAGCCCUGGGGUGGGGAGCACAGGUCCUACGCCCCUGCUGCUCCUCCUCCCUGGCGUGAUGCAGCGCGUGGGGCAUGGACUCUGGAGCUGCCAGCGUGGAAGGGGGGUGUUCUCCCGCCACCCCCUCUUCACUCCCACUGCCCUUCAGAGCUUCCCUCUGCGACAGCUGUGAAAUUAAAUUGGAGUCCUGAUAAGAGUAUUUUCAUUUGAUUUAAUAUUUUUUAAGAUUGAAUCCAGGCCACAUGUUGCUAUUUUGUGAUGGAAUGGUUUCUAUAGAGAGCUGUAACAUAUUUAAAACUAUGAAUGUAUUAUGUAAAUACGGCUUCUUUAUGUCAAAAAUAAAGUGUCAUCACUGCACUUUUUCCUUCUGAAGACACAAAGGAUCACUGAUAAUGCUUGAGAUACUUUCGGAAAGCAUAAUGGAAAGGAUUUAAAUACUGCUUUUUCGAGAGGAGUCCUUCAAGGCUCAGGCUUGUGUAUUCUCUUCAGCUCCCACAAGAGGCCUAGUAGCUUCAGGAUUUGUCCGAGGGGUGAACUCCAGAUGUGAAGUGUGUUGGCACCACAUGAGUUGGUGACUCUGGGGGCAGUGGCAUCAGUGUGUGUCCUCACUUGGCCAGUCGGUCACGUGUGGGUCUCAGGUGGCUGUGUAGCCAUAGCGGAUCCGGUGGGCUCUCCACACCAUCCCUGGAUUACAGAGAAAGACACGGCCACUAAGCUGGGGGCCCACACCCCCGAUCUUUGUGAGGCCCAGGCCAGGUGGGAAUCAGAAGCUUGCUGUAAUAUCUAGAUUAUGUUGUGCUGUGGUUCCAGAAAAAUCUACAGUGGUGCAAACCCAGGUCAGGACUCGGCAAAAGGUGGCGCGAGGCAGAUGAAUUAAGUUCUCAGAUGCCGUUACCUUGACUUGAGACCCCAAAUGUUCUUGCAUUUUUAAUACCUUUUUAGUGGCCUCCUUUAGUGUUAUUCCAACUUGCUUGUGUGUCUUUGGUGCAGAUAAGGAUGCUGUGGGCAUUGACUUGUCAGACUUAAGCACAGAACAGGGUGGCAUCCCUGGAGGAGCACUGGGCUGAUGGCAUGUCAGGGGGCCAGGCUGGGCCCUUCUAUCCUGGGACCACUCUUCCAGACUCCCCUGGCCAGGUCACAGAAGCAGCUGUUUGGACCCUACUAGUGGCAUGACAGGAGCCCAGGAGCCCUGUACCUGCCUCCCUCCCAGCAUGCUGAGGGCAGCUGCUGUGUGAAGCCCACAGAUGAGGAGGGGCCGCAUGUGCUGUCCUGCCUGGGCUCCUGGGUGGUGGCAGCACAGGUUGGGUCCGACUUGGGGCUACGCUGACCACUGGUCAGAUGUGGCCCACAUCUCUCCUGCACUGCAUAAGGCCCUCCAUGGCCCGUAGCCAGUGUGUGUAUAUGAGCAUGUUGGGGCCUGACUAGGGCCUGGCCUUCAGCAGGCACUCAGGGCACCUGUCCCCUCCAAGGCCCAGCAGACCUAGCGAGUGUCCAGCUUAGGGGGUGAUGGUGAUGCCUUCCAGGGAGGAAGCAGCCCAACAGAACCUCGGUGACCACCAUGUCUGCAUAUCACCCCUUGGAGGUGAUCUGGCCCCUUAGGGAGUAUAGCUCAUUACAGACACCAGGAAGUGGGAUCUGUUACUCAGGAAAGAGCCCCUCCCCUCCAACACCCAAGGAAGCAGGCUGCUCCUAGAGCUGGCCCAGCCUGGCCCCCCACCCACCUGGAACUUGUGUGUCCUCCAGCUUUGGCCAGAAUCCUGAAGGUUGUAUUCUGUGGCUCCUCCUGCAAACUGCAGCUGACCCUCGGCCCAGCUGUUUGCAAAGGUGUUUGGGAAGGCCGAGCGCACUAGCCCCAGGCCAGAUGCAGGAGAUGAAAGACUUCACAGGAGUGUAAGUGCUGGUCACAAAUGGGGACGUGGGCUUUUAUUUGUGGGUACACUCCUUUCCCGGAGGAGCGAUCUGGCCUGCCGUUAAAGACUCUCAGGCCAGCCUGAGCACCUCCAGUUGAAGAGAAGCCCCUCCCUGAGUGGAAUGAGCUGUGGGGGGUGGGGAAGGAUUGUGGGGUAAGCAGGGACUGGAAGAGACUAGGGAGCAGUUAGGGUUUUAUUGUGAUAGGUCAUUUCCAGGGUCAGUGCUGCCAUCAGCUAGGAGGCAGGACCUCCAGCCUCAGGCAUCAUCAUGGGAUGAAAACAUGCUAUUUCUAACCCUGCUUCACAGACAUGUGGGAGACGUACAGAGAUGCGGCUGAUGUAUUUAGCCCUUCAGCCCGUUAGUUCCCUCCAGUCCUCUCGAACCUGGUGGGAGUGCCAGUUCCCUGCUCUUCUGACAUCCCCCAUCUCAGAUGACUAACAGGACAGUCUCGCUGUCUCUGUGCAGGGCCUGUCCCCACACACUCAGACAGGGCCCCACUGGGCGGCUGGGAGGUCCAGACACACCCACGUUGAAGGACAUCUGAGCCGUGGCGUCUGAGGCAGGGACGCGCCUCUACUCAUUGACCUCCUCCUCGUCGUCCUCAAAAGCUUCCUCGCCCUCGUCAGCCGUGGCGUCCUGGUACUGCUGGUACUCGGACACCAGGUCGUUCAUGUUGCUCUCAGCCUCGGUGAACUCCAUCUCGUCCAUGCCCUCGCCCGUGAACCAGUGCAGGAAGGCCUUGCGCCGGAAACAUGGCCGAGAACUGCUCUGAGAUGCGCUUGAACAGCUCCUGGAUGGCUGUGCUGUUGCCAAUGAAGGUGGCAGCCAUCUUCAGGCCACAUGGCGGGAUGUCGCACACGGCCACCUUCACAUUGUUGGGGAUCCACUCCACGAAGUAGCUGCUGUUCUUGUUCUGGAUGGCCAGCAUCUGCUCGUCCACCUCCUUCAUGGACAUGGGGCCCCUGAAGACAGUGGCCACGGUCAGGUAGCGGCCGUGGCGAGGGUCGCAGGCGGCCAUCAUGUUCUUGGCAUCGAACAUCUGCUGGGUGAGCUCUGGCACUGUCAGGGCGCGGUACUGCUGGCUGCCCCGGGCGGUUAGCGGCGCGAAGCCGGGC